AUGGCGUUCUCGAAUGCUCAACAUCUGGCUUUCUUAUUUGGUCUCUUAGGCAACAUCAUGUCCUUUUUGGUGUUCUUGGCACCAAUCCCGACAUUUUACACAAUCUACAAGAAGAAGUCGUCGGAUGGCCAUCAGUCGAUACCAUAUGUGGUGGCCCUUUUGAGUGCAUCGUUGCUUUUGUACUAUGGAAUCCUCAAGACUAAUGCCACUAUGAUCAUCAUCAUCAACGCCAGCGGAAUCGUAAUUGAAUACGCCUAUCUUGUUCUCUUCUUGAUCUAUGCCUCCACCAAGGAGAAGAUGUAUACAGCGAAGUUGAUGCUGCUGUUCAACAUAGGAAGUUUCGGAGUGACGAUGGUGCUGACCAUCUUGCUUCUCCAGGGUCAGCAUCGUGUCAAUGCCGUCGGAUGGAUCUGUGCGGCGUUCAGUCUCGCUGUGUUUGUUGCGCCUUUCAGCAUCAUGAAGAGGGUGAUAAAGACCCAAAGUGUGGAGUUCAUGCCAAUCACUAUGUCCUUCUUGCACACCCUCUGUGCCGCCACCUGGUUCUUCUAUGGACUCUUCGUCAAGGACAUGCUCAUUGCUAUACCAAAUAUACUGGGAUUAUUGCUUGGCAUCACUCAAAUGAUCCUCUACUUGAUAUACAAAGAUGGGAACAAGGAAAUGGCAGAGACAAAUAAGGGGAACAACCAACAAGAAGCGACUCUAGACAUGGCGAGGCUGACUCCAAUCCAAAGUGCAAAGCUGUACCCAACUUCACAGCACCAAGCACAUGUCACAGAAAUUGAUAUCUUUCCCAGUGGAAAACCAAUCGAACCAAACAACAAUGUUUGA